AUGGCAAUAAAAAAUUUUAGAAUGUUCGCAACAAUUCUAAUUAUGUUUUAAUUGGCAGGUAAUAAAUAUUUACACAAUUAAUAUAUGAAUUAUUACAAUAUUCUUGGUAUUUCAAAUAACUCGACACAUGAGCAAAUAAAACAAGCAUACCGUAACCUUGCAAAAUAGCACCAUCCUGUAAAUUAUCACUAUAUGUACAGGAUAAAAAUCCUCAAUCAGCUGAAUUCAGAAUAAUUUCUGAAGCUUAUCGAAUACUUUCUAAUCCUGAUCUUCGCUCUCGAUAUGAUUAGAUUUAAGCUCAAAUGGAUAGACAAUUAAGCUUAUAUAAGAUGAUAAGAAAUUUUAUCAAUGGAAAAUAAGAGAGAACAGAACUUAAUAAUGAUACCAAUACUAGAGACACCGAAUUUAUUGGCGAUGAAUCCAAGAAUAGAGAGGUUACUUAAAUACAAAAGAAAAAAAUCAGAAAAAAUUAUCAUUGA